UCUUUCCCAAACUUUCCUCUUCACACGCAUACACAGAUACUACUUUCUCCGCCUCUCUCGCCGGAGUUUCAGCACCGACCCUUCAUCUCUGCUUUUCAUACACCCUCAAAGGGGUGUCGUUCCCUCACCCUAGCUACCCAGCACUGGACUCCCAAUUCAAUUUCACUGUUUUCAAGCUAACUUUCCUUUCCUUUUUGGAGUUAAAGGAUUUCGGUUUCUUGGCUAAAGUUUCCAACUUUCAGACGCAAAAACUGACAGCUUUUGGCUAUAAAGUUUCCUUCUUUCGGAAAGAAAAGCAGGGGGGUGAUUCUUCCAUUGGGACAAAUAGGAACAGUACUGACUUUUGGGAUACAAGUUUUGUUGAAAAAACUGAGCUUAAGCCUUAAAGCCAUAAACUUUGGCUUUUACUUCGACUUUUGUUGAAUUUGGGUAUUCCUGCAAGUGGGGGGUUUUUUUAUUUUUGAAGAUUUCGUCUUAUAACGUUGGGAAUUUGUUGUGGCCCUUCCUGCAAUGCGGACUGUGUGUUCUUGGGAGAAGAAGGGAUAAAGGCUGAGAAGAUGAUGGAACAUAAGAGAGGCCCAUGCUCAGUUGAUCUUGAUCAUCACAGUUUCAAUUCAUUGGCAGCCAAACGGCAGAAGGCUGAUAUAUCUAUCUCCACGAAGGAGAGGAAGGAGAAGCUUAGUGAACGUAUUGUUGCUCUUCAACAGCUUGUUUCACCCUUUGGAAAGACUGAUACAGCUUCUGUACUCUUGGAGGCAAUGGAAUACAUACAAUUUCUUCAUGAACAAGUAAAGGUUUGUUCUCUCUUUCUUGUUUCACCUAAAUUUUUCUUUCAACUCUAUCAGCCAAUAGUUAUUAUGCAGAUUUUCUUUUAAGAAUUACUGCAUCAUCUUGAUGUCUAUGAUGACUUCUUCAGUAAUAUGGUGAUCAACUGUGUUGUGCAAAAUUUCUGUUCAUCGACUUUAACCCUGAUUUCACAGUCUUUGCAAUAUUUACCCUUUUCAGGUUUUGAGUGCUCCGUACCUCCAAAGCAUGCCAACAACUAAUGUGCAGGUGAGCAUGAGCUGGAGCUAUGUGCAUGUUAAAAUAGGUUUAAGUGACUUUUCUGUAAUGUUGCUAGAAGUAUGGGCAUGAUGGCAUGAAUUUUGAAAACAACCCUUUAAAUUGAUACACUCCAGUGAGACCUGAAUCUGGAUUUGAAUCUUCUUCCAGGAAGUAGAGCAAUACAGUCUGAGAAACAGAGGGCUGUGCCUAGUUCCAACCUCUUGCACUGUUGGUAUCGCGCACAGCAAUGGUGCAGAUAUUUGGGCUCCCAUCAAGGCCUCAUCACCCAAAUUUGACAAAGCAAUCUCACCAUUCCAUUGACAAUUUAUUUCUCUCAGCAGCUGGAUUUCACUAGAUUUGGUUUAAUAGGUAACCAACUUGGAUGCACAACUUUCCAAGUUAGACACAAACUCAUAUAAGUCAUAGCUGAUGGAGGAUUGAGGGAUGCAAAACUGUCAGGUUUCAAUGCCGGAGAAUUGUGUGUAUCUAAAAUGCAGCCCUUCACCACUCUGAUUUUAAAGUAGUGAUAAGAUUAAGCUAUAUAUAUAUAUAUAUAUAUAUAUGUAACAUCAUCUUCCUCUUUAUUCUGAUAAUCUCAGAUGUAAAUUGAGGACGCAAGUGUAUAACUAUCUGAAACUGUAUCUAUGAAGUAGUUGAAGGGGGAUUUAAUGGUUAAUGCUGCUGUGUAAUCUUAAGUUCAGGUGUCAUGUACGGUAUUUAGUUGCUUUGGUGCUUUUCCACCUUAUCCUGGAAAUAUAUAGGAUUUAGGGGUGUAACAAAUUAUUAUUUUCUGAAGUGGUCCUUAAUAAAAAAAAAUUGAAAAA